AUGAUGGAUGGUACCAGAGACGUGUCUAAAUUUUCAUUGACAUCUCCUAAAGGAUGUAGAUUAUUUCCUGUUACUUCAUUACGCCAAGAACCGUUCAUAACAUUAAAUUCAGAAUCUUCUCUGUCAUACGUUCCUGGUGGAGUAUACAAGGCUCUGGAACGCUUAUUUCGACUCAAAAAAUUAUGCAAAUAUACACAAGUCGUAGUAACAAGCUCAGCAUUAUCAGAUUUAAGUUCAAUUGGGCUCCGAAAUAUACGAAAAACAACAGACAUCACACCAAAAACAUUUUCUACUAUUCUUCGUGCUCGCGAGAGUCUGUAG